AUGAUAGCAGAACUCAAGAUUGCGUACGAGGGAGAAGAGGCUAAACGGGCUGUCCACUAUUUCGUCGGUACUUCUGUCCUCGCCGUCGCUUUCAAGGACGUCCACAAUGCGUGUGCUGCUGUCAAGGAAGAGGAGGUUGACUAUGCUGUGCUACCUAUUGAAACUUCGAAAAUGGGUAGCAUAUAUGUCAACUAUGACCUGCUACUGAACUAUAACCUUCACAUCAUUGGAGAAUACGACCAGCAAGAAAUAUUGACACCUGAACAAAAGACAAAUUCUUCUUCCUAUACUCGCUUCCUAUUGCUAUCCAAGAAGCUGAAUUUGGCAUGGGACAUAAAAUUGACCGGCGUUGUAUUCAAGACUUCUUUCGUGUUUGGUUUCAAGAACAGCACGAAUAAUGGUAUGCUCUCCCGCGUGCUCGCAGUCUUCUCACAGCAGGAUGUUGACUUGAUCAAGAUCGAAAGCCGACCGUGGAACCAUCAAGCAUCAAUUUCUCAUGAAUAUCCGGAGAUGAGGACAAAUAAAUACCAGUACCUCUUUAUCGCAGACGUGUUGGGUCAUCUCACGGAUGCCAAAGUGUCUGCAGCCAUUCGUAGGCUGAAUGAGCUUUGUGCAUUCGUGCGCAUUCUGGGCUCCUAUGCAAUUUUGUGGAGUGGAGAGGUCAUCACUGAAAAAAGUUGCCGUGCUUCAAUUGUCGAGUAUUAG